CAGUGGAGAGGUAGAGGGGUAUGACAGUCAGUGGAGAGGUAGAGGGGUAUGACAGUCAGUGGAGAGGUAGAGGGGUAUGUCCGUGAGGACUCAGAAAGGGUUGUUCCUCCCCUUUGAAUGAAUCAAGUAGAAGAGGUCCAGCCAGAGAGAGAUACAUUACUCAGAGAGCAGCGGUGUUUCGGACGGUAUGUCCUGUACUAACCAGCGAUUUUACUGCAGCCUAUUUUCUUCAAUCCCAUGGCCUUGCGUGGAAGCCAAGAGUGGUAGUGAUUCUUGAGAACAGAGAUAGUGUGUCUGAAUCCUUGAGGAAGACUACAAAGCCAAACCUCAAAACACUGUGAAAAACAUCUUCACUCCUCAUAGCUUUCAAUCCAUCUGGUGUCAUCAUGGCUGGUCUCCCACCAGUUGAACAGACAUUAUAUCAAAGUGCCCUUGUCCUCCUCCUGCUGAGUGUGAGUGGUAGCCUGGGCCAGAAGGACUGUACAGGUGUAGACUGCCCUGAUCUGAGUAACUGUAUUGAGGAGCAUCUGGAAGCUGAGGCUUGCUGUACUACCUGCGUUCAGACUGGUUGUACCUGUGAGGGUUACCAGUACUACGACUGUGUCCACGCCGGCUUUAAGAAUGGACAUGUUCCCGAGGGGCAGUCCUACUUCGUGGACUUCGGGAGUACAGAGUGUUCGUGCCCGGAAGGCGGCGGCCGGAUUGGCUGUCACUUCAUGCCCUGUCCUGACGUACCUGCUAACUGCAUCGAGGUGUCUGAGCCGGCUGACGGCUGUGUCACCUGCGAACGUGUCGGCUGUGUCCAUGACAACCAGAAGUACGAGGCCGGACACUCCUUUCACCUUGUUGCCUGUGAGGCGUGCCACUGUCCGUCCGACGGAGGUCAGCUGAUGUGCUACCCUGUCCCAGACUGUGAUCCCAGCAACCCCGGUGACCCCCACAAACCCAUGCUGGCCACCAUACAGGAGGGUCACCCUGGACACCCUACAUAUCCCACUAUCCGUCCCUACAACACACAGGACAAACUGAGAGAGACGGAGAGAGACAGACAUGCUAAACCCCCCUACAACACACAGGACAAACUGAGAGAGACGGAGAGAGACAGACAUGCUAAACCCCCCUACCUCACACAGGACAAACUGAGAGAGACGGAGAGAGACAGACAUGCUAAACCCUCCUAUAGCACACAGGAUACACAGGCUAUAGGCGUACCCCCCUACAACCGUCCUCCAUACCCUUUCAACGGACCAAAACGUCCACCAUCCAACAGCCCACACGUCCUCCCGUUCCCGUUCGAUGCCCCUAUUCCCUCGGACCACCUGCCCCUGUUCAAACCAGACCACAUGACUGAGGAUAGGGACUAUGACUACCCUACUACGGACGCAUCAGAACCCCCUGUGAAUGAUCCGGUCUACCCUACGCCGUCCUCCUCUCUCAUCUCUGUCUCCUACCCUGGGACACGGGAAACACAGCCGCGGCACGACAGAGGUAAUAGUAAGAGCUAUGAUAAGCCUGAUGAUUGGGCUGAUAAGGGCUACGGUAACGAGGGAUAUGAUAGUAGAGAUAAGCAUGAGUUGAGGGAGAUAUAUGGAGUCCAUGAGCCAACCACAGACAGUAUGGUUACAGACAGAGUAGGACUGAGAGACAGGCUAGGGCAGACAGACAGGCUAGGGCAGACAGACAGGCUAAGGCAGACAGACAGGCUAAGGCAGACAGACAGAUCGACAGAGACAGACAGAUCUCAGCGUAUAGGUAGGGUGAAGCUGACAGACAAGCUGAAGAAAACAGACAGGUUGAUGACAUUUGAACUUUACAAGGCCACCACAGACGGGUUCGGAGAGACAGGCAGCCCAGUUACUGACAGCCCAGUGACAGUAGAACAGACCACUUCUAGCCAGCUUGAAGACACCACAGUAGAGACCAACUCCCGCAGUACCAGCUCCAGCCACCAGGAUACCACCUCGACCUGGAACAGACCCUCGGAGAGCCAGAUUCACCCUCACUCUCAAGGGGCCAGGGCUGGGGACGCACUGGAGAGCUGGGAUAGAGGGAUGGAGGGGGAGCAGGAGGAAGAGGAGGAGGAGGAGGAGAGAGUAGAUUCAUUGGAGAAUACCACAGGACCUGGGUGGAGAGACGUGUCUUAUGAUGUAGAUUUGGAUAAACAGGGGAGGAGAGGAGGAGGAGAGGAGGAGAGAGAAAGGAGAGAAGAAGAGAGAGAGAAGAGUACCCCUAGCAACCAUGUGAAGGUUGCAGGUGUCAGAGAAGCUGGAAGUCACCAGGACAACACUGCAGUAGAACACAGUACUACACCCCCCAGAAGUCACCAGGACAACACUGCAGUAGAACACAGUACUACAUCCCCCAGAAGUCACCAGGACAACACUGCAGUAGAACACAGUACUACAUCCCCCAGAAGUCACCAGGACAACACUACAGUAGAACACAGUACUACAUCCCCCAGAAGGAAUCAGGACCACACUACAGUAGAACACAGUACUACAUACCCCAGAAGGAAUCAGGACCGCACUACAGUAGAACAUAGUACUACAUCCCCCAGAAGGAAUCAGGACCGCACCACCCACAGGAAGCCUCACAAGGAGUAUGAGGUCCACACAGACAGAACUAUAUAUCCAAGACUGCCUGACCACAACACAGUCAGAACUACAAUCCCAAGACAAGCUGAGCACCACAGCCUCAACAGACAGCCGGAUCACCAUACCCUGACCAGGAAGCCUGACCCCCAUGCAGUCAGAACUACAACUCCCAGAGAGCUGAACCACCACACAACCCACAGACAGCCUGAUCCCCAUCACCCAGCUCCCAGGGACCCAGAGCAGCACCAUACUCCUUCCAGGGUGAGAUUCAGCCCAACCAGCCAGCCUUCUCUCAGGGUAUCAGCUGACCUAGGUCACCACGGAAGUGAGCCUCUCCACAAGCAGUCCCAGACACUAUUCAACCUGCAGAGCAAUGAUGCGGAGGACCAUGAGAAGGAGGAAGAGGAGAGGGGAUAUGUUCCAGUCUUUCUCCCAAAGACUCAGGAGGCUGGUCCUGGUCCAUCUUCUCUCAAUGUGGUGGAGAGCUGCUGUGAGGUGGGCCAGAGAUGGGCAUCAGAGAACCAACACUGUAACAACAUGCCUUUGUUGAAGGACGAUAAACAUUCUGUCUGCAGUAUAUCCCAGCAGCAGUGUUGUCAGAACGUUCUAAAGGAGACCAGGUGUAUGGCAGGUAUCGCUGUUGCUAAAGGAGGAGACAGGUGUGAGGUCGACCAGGAGAGCCGGUGUGCUGCAGACUCUUACCAGGUGUGCUGCAGUUGUUGUGUGCUGGGUCUGGCUCUACAUGCUGAAGGUAGAGGGUGUGAUGCCCACCAGUACCUGGGGGACCCCUGUGGUCAUGUCCUGCUCACCUGCUGUGAAGAGGAGGGGCUCAGCCCUAACCCUAACAAAACACAGAGGAAGAAGGAGAUGCCUACUGCCCUGUCUGAGAAAGAUGUGAAUGAGUGUGUGACCAGCACGCACAGUUGCCAGGCCAGUGAGCGCUGUGUGAACACCGUGGGAUCGUUUGUGUGUGAGAGGACCGUCACUUGUCCUGCUGGCUACCAGCUCAGGAACGAAGUCUGUGAGGAUAUUGAUGAGUGUAUGGUGCGCAGCCACAACUGUGGUCAAAGGUUUGAGUGUGAGAACACGGAGGGCUCCUUCCUGUGUAACCCUAAACAGAGAUGUCUCGCCGGCUUCACCCAGGACUCACAUGGAAACUGCAUUGAUAUUAAUGAGUGCAGUAGUCUAUCUGAUCCAUGCAGUGCUGGUUUUCACUGUAUCAACACUGUGGGCUCCUAUACCUGUCAGAGGAAGGUUAUCAUGUGUAGUCAGGGAUACCACUCCAGCCCUGAUGGAACACGCUGCAUCGAUGUGGAUGAAUGUCAGACUGGUAACCAUGGGUGUGGUGAGGGCCAGAUCUGUCAUAACCUUCCUGGUAGCUACCGCUGUGACUGUCAAACAGGCUACCUGCACGAUUCACUACGCCAGGUCUGCAGCGAUGUGAAUGAGUGUUGGAGCUACCCCGGCAGGCUAUGUGCUCAGACGUGUGAGAACAGUCCAGGGUCCUACCAGUGUUCCUGUACAGCAGGCUUCUCUCUGGCCUUCGACGGGAAGAACUGUGAAGAUCUGAAUGAGUGUGACUCUAGUCCGUGUGGUCAGGAGUGUGCUAACAUCUAUGGGUCCUACCAAUGUUACUGCAGACAGGGCUUCUACCUGAAGGAAGACGGACACACCUGUGAAGAUAUUGAUGAGUGUUCCCAGAGUAUUGGCAACCUGUGUGUGUUCCAGUGUGUGAACGUCCCAGGUAGCUAUCAGUGUGCCUGUCCCCCUAACGGAUACACCAUGUCCACCACCGGACACACCUGCAGAGAUAUUGACGAGUGUUCAACAGGAGUUCAUAACUGCUCUACAGAACAGACCUGCUCCAACGUCCAGGGAGGCUACAGGUGUCUCUCUUUCUCCUGCCCUCCAUAUUACAGAAAGGUCUCAGAUACUCGUUGUGAGCGCAGUGGUUGUCCAGCUAACUCUGUAGACUGCCAGACCUCUCCUCUGAGAAUCACCUACUACCAGCUGAGCUUCCAGACCAACAUUGUCAUCCCCGCUCAGAUCUUCAGGAUUGGCCCCUCGCCCGCCUACAGGGGAGACAACAUUGCUAUCUCCAUCACCCACGGUAACGAGGAGAACUACUUUUCCACGCGGAAGCUGAACAGUUUUACGGGGGCGGUGUAUCUGCAGCGGCAGGUGAGACAGCCGAGAGACUUCCUGAUCGAUGUGGAGAUGAAGCUGUUGAGACAGGGAGCGUUCACUACCUUCCUGGCCCGGAUAUACGUCUUCAUCACCUCUAACACACUGUAGAGUCUAAACACACACCAUCCCAGAACAGACUGUCACCUCGCCACUUCUCUAAUAUUCAUAUGGUGCUGAACUUUAUACUAGUAACUUACAUAUAUAUAUAUUUCAUCAUACGAUCUUAUCCAGAGCGACUUACAAUAUCAAGUGCAUACAUUUUCAUAGUUUUUCAUACUGGUCCUCCGUGGGAAUCGAACCCACAACCCUGGCGUUAUAAGGACCAUGCUCUACCAACUGAGACACACACUUCAUCAACUGGAUUGUUACUAAAGACUAAGUCAGUCUUCUGUUUAUACAAGUCUUUUAUAAUGUAAUCUCUUUCAAUGCAUGUGUCUCAAGCUGAGUGGUUUGACUCUGCCAAGGUGGUCCUCAGAGUGCUAGGAUCUGUCCUCCUGCUCCUUAACCUCUUGAACCUUCCAAUCUCAACAUGAACUUUCAGAGGUUUUGAAGCAUGAGUUACUGAAUAGAAUGGAGAACCCUGGAGCAGUGCUUAGACCAGAGCUUGUAGACACACUGAGGGUACCUCUGUAUCUCUCCUCUCUCUCUCUCUCUCCGCUCUCUCUCUCUGCUCUCUCUCUCUGCUCUCUCUCUCCGCUCUCUCUCUGCUCUCUCUCUCUCCGGUCACUCUCUCCGCUCACUCUCUCCACUC